AUGUCCUCUUCAAAUUGGAAUAUCAAGAUUCCAAAAGUCACCAUCAUUGGUGCCGGUACCUUUGGGAUUAAUGCUGCCAACACCCUUGCCAAGUCCUAUCCACAUUAUGAAGUCACUUUGAUUUCCAAAAAAGACUUUGCUCUCAAUUUGAUGGCCACCCAUAGACUUGUAACCGAAGGAUUUAAUCCAGAAGAGGUGACAAGACCUCUUAGCUCUGUUGUUGCCAAAGGUGUCAAGAUUGUUGUUGCCAAGGAUGUCCUCAAUUUCGACGAUAAAUCGACCGAUAUCAUCAUUACUAAUGACGAUGAUCUAAAUAUCCCCCAUGAUAUCUUGAUUCUUGCUACUGGUGCCAAAUGGACACAUCCAAUUGCUACCCAAGAUUUUGGCUCAGACUUAAAGUCCAUGCAGAAUUAUCUAGAUGACCAAAUUGAAAAACUCAAAGAUGCAAAGAAAGUGGUGGUAGCUGGUUUGGGAUUUGUCGGGAGCGAGUUGGCUGGCGAAUUGGGUUAUCGAUUCAAGCAGCAAUUGGCAACCGGUAAAAAACAAAUCAUUUGUGUCCAUCCAUCCGAUAGCGUUUUGGAUGAGCACUAUAAAUACACCAUCAGACACUCAAUUCAAAGACAACUAGAAGAAAUGAAUCUUACAUUGAUGCUUCAUGAUGUUGCAUUGUAUGAUGAGUCUGAUCCACGUACUGUUAUUCUCAGAUCCUCCAAUUCUGUGAUCGAAGAUGUCGAUGUUUUCUACAAUUGUACCGGCCCACAACCAAACGUUCCACGUACAAAUUUAACCGACUUGGAGCUUAGCAACAGAGGUUUCAUUAAAGUCAAAAAGACCUACCAAACUUUAAAAUAUCCUAACAUCUUUGCAAUUGGUGAUAUCAAUAACAUUCCUGGCAAAAAGAUGGUCAAUAGAGAGGAACAAAUCCAAGUCUUGAAGACAAAUGUUCAUGCCCUUCUCACCGGUUCCAAAAAUGUCUUUAGAGAAUUUGAAAAUAGAGAGAAACCUAUUGGCAUUUCUUUAGGACCUAAGGCCGGUGUUGGCCAAUUAACACUUCCAGUUAUUGGGGUUAUCAAAUUGCCAGAAUUUCUUGUUGUCCAGGCAAAAAGUAAAUAUUUAUACACUGAUAAGCUUGACGAAGUGUUAGGAAAGGUAUAG